AAAACGAACUUUUGCAUCUCACCAAGUGGAGAUGCAGUCACGCUGCACACAUCGCAAAUUAAUCCUGCAGCCGCGGUCCACGAAAGACCACAUCGAUAUAAUCGGAUUCUUGUUUUCUGGAUUAUUGUUGAUAUUCCACAAUGUCAUCUAAAGACGCCAAAGCCAAAACCAAGGCCGACCCGAAGGCCAAGGAGGCCCCGAAGGUAGACAAGAAGGCCGCCGCGGCUCCUGCCCCCGUUGCGGCGAAACCAGCCCCUGCCGCAGCCAAAUCCGCUGCGGCCCCCGCAAAAGCCGCAGCUGCGCCCACACCGACGGUGGUGAAGCCAGCCAAACCCGCAGCGGAAGAGAAGAAACCGUUGGCGGAGAAAAAGGACGCCAACGUUGCACCAGCGGCGCCUAAGCCCGAUGUGGAGAAGAAACCCAAGGAGAAGAAGCCCAAGCCGAAGAAGGAUGCCUCGAAGGCCAAGAAAAAGGGACCGGGACGAGUGGCGUCGAAGAAGGGCAAGAAGAAGAAGCACUUGUACCGAUUUGUGAUCGACUGCAGCCAUCCUGUGGAGGACGGAAUUAUGGAGCCAUCAGAUUUCGAACAAUUCUUGAAGGAGCGCAUUAAGGUGGCUGGAAAGACCGGAAAUUUGGGCAAAGCGAUCACGGUUGAAAGGCUACAGCAGAAGAACCAUAUCGUGGUUAACGCUGAUACGGCUUUCUCUAAGAGAUAUCUGAAAUAUUUGACGAAGAAGUACUUGAAGAAGAACAAUUUGCGGGAUUGGUUACGAGUAGUCGCAUCCGGAGCGGACAAGUAUGAACUGAGAUACUUCCAGAUUAGCAAUGAUAACGCCGAUGAGGAGGAGGAUAAGGAGUAGUAACUUUGUACUGAGUGUUGUGCGAAUUUAGAAUUUACGGGAAAAUGUGCGAAAAAAUGUUCAAUAAAAUACUGGAAAAGA